AUGGAGGCAGGGAAGGCCGCUGAUGCUUUCGGUCUUCUGCCCGGUCACGAAAUACAAGUUGCUGAUGGCGAGUCCGCCUACACUCAAGCUAAGCUUGGCGGCCCAGCCACAUGGGUGCGACUGCCCAGAGAUCGAUGGCUGCCCGAAUGGCAUGGAAAGUAUCAUGACCCGGUUGUGCGUCUUGUAUUGGCCCUUUAUGGGCACCCGGAUGCCGGCGGGUUCUGGGAACAGCAUUGCGAAAAGGCUCUCCGCUCAGUUGGCUUCGAGCAAUGCCCUGACUGGAAGAGCGUGUUUCGUCAUCCCAAGCUUAACCUUAUGCUCGUUGUCUACGUCGAUGAUUUUAAACUCAGUGGACCAAAGGCCAAUCUGGCCAACGGGUGGGAGCUCAUGGCAUCAAAGAUUAAAUUGGAGCCGCCCUCGAGCAUCAAACGUUAUUUGGGUUGUGAGCAUGAACCCAAGAAGGCAUUUCCCGAGCUCACUUUUGGCGAUCGUGACACUACUGUCGCUCAGGGCUCUGUCGGUCCUCGCGAAAUCCGAAUGAUCAAGUACGAUAUGCGAUCGUUCAUGGAGCAAUGUGUCUCUCGCUACGUUGAGCUCUGUGGUCCGAAAUACAAAGCCACCUUGCGGUCGGCUGACACGCCGUUUCUCGAUGAGUCACGACCGGAGUUCGAUACUAAUCCGGAUCGUCCCGAGGUGAACCGCUUGUUGGGCCAUCCCACCGAUACGCCUGUGCCUCCUGGUAAGGGCGUUCUCGGUGACUGCGCUGCCGCUGUCCUGAUGAAAAUCUUGUAUGGUGCUCGCAUGGGACGAUACGAUCUCAUCCGUCCCGUGCAGGCACUUGCUAGUCUCAUCACCAAGUGGGAUGGUUUGUGUGACAAGAAAGAACAAGCAGCCACCGAAGAAGGCUGCUGCCAAGACACCGGCUGCCCGAUCACCUCAGCCGAAGUCUCCCUCGCCUUGCGGGGAGGGCCUUCCGAGCGGACGUGGAUGAAAGCGAUGAUGCUGAAGAUCGGGGUCCAAGAGAUCCCACAGGCCUCAAUCUGGCAGCGCCUCGAACAGCUGGCAUGCAACUCUGGUUUCGACCAAAGGCUGCAUCAGCUGGUUGACUCCUUCCUCCUCUCUAAUCAUCCGCUUGCGGAUAAGCAGAGGAAGCAGUACCCCCGAGAGUUUAUGGACUUCAUCGACCGAUACAGGGUGAUGUGCGCUCUUGCAUUUUCCCGAGUGGCAACGUUGUCUGGUGAUGCCGCAGGGGUCCGCGAGAAAAUGGACCUUACGAUGGCACUGGCUCGCCACUGUAUGCACUUCCAAGCGCAAACCUUUAAGGGAUCUCGAGAGACACUGAGCAACGAUACGCUCCGUCUCAUGGGAACCUGUUACAUUCCGUCGCCUCUUGCGAGCUGGAACCGAAAUCUCAUGGGAUUCAGCAGUUCGUCUGCGGAACAGCGAUGGUUGAGGACCGAUACGAGUAUCAAACACAACGACCUCACCAAGCUGUCGCCCAUUGAGUUGUCAAGGGAUGCGGUCAACCCGGCUGAAGCCGCGAAGUUCUUCAAGGGAUUUCUGCAGCUCAGGCCGACACUUUCUUUCAUCCCUGGAGCGUUUCUGGCAAUCAAGGCCCUUAACCGAUUUCCCACGCUGGAUUCUCUGAAAGAGCAAGCGACUCAUCUCGAGAAUGAUCGCAAGGAACACGGCUACGAUCUUCCUGCCGUGGAUGCGAACGGGAUUGGUGAAGUGGCCGCCUUUCGCAACGAAGAUGACGAUGAAAAUAACCCGCUGAUGCGCGGGUGGGUCUCGUUCAUGAAGGCGAUGGCUGAGGCCUACCCCGGGCGAUGCGUCAGCAUCGAUGAUACGCUCAACUGGGGAGCCAGCACCCAAAUGACCUACGAGGACGGUGCAUCACAGAUCACCGUCCGCCCGACUGACGGAUGGGUGUAUGUCCCAGCGAUGAAUUCGGACAUAUACGAUCCUCAGGAAACGCUCCUUCACGGAACGAAUCUCCGAUACCUCUGGUCGAUCCUUGCACACGGAGGUCUAUUCGGGGAGGAUUACGUGACGGACGAUCAUGGAAGUCACGAACCCUGCGUCUGGGUGACUGGACACGCCCCCGAGGCUGCUGGUAGCUAUGCAUCUGGCACGUACCUCGGCGGAGGCUACUGGUUCCAGGUGAUGAUCUGCGUCUCCCGAACUAUGGUGAACAGCCACAGUCGCACGACAAAGAAGCUGGGGGGAUCCCAGAAGCAGAUCCGCAUAGGAACUCGAUUUCUCGAGCUGUGCGGAAUCGCGUUCAGGCCCUUCCGCCUCUUGGAUGACCGCGAGCAAGGGGUUUCUACUUCCCCGAACUACGUCGUCCACGGACACCGAUUCCUCAGUGCCGAUGGGAUGAAAGCCGUGGCUUGGCACCCGUGGAUGGAAGCGAGCCCGAUCGAUCCUCGCAUUCUGAAGCUGCUGGGAGACAGUGUCGCGCGCGACAAUGUCGAGUUUGCCGACCUCACGAUUCAGGGGGGCAACACUACCCAACAGGCUGCAUCUACCGAGCCGGAGCAGCCUGUAGCAACCGCGGCUGAUGAUCAGGCUGGGGCAGGUGGUAGUGAGGCAACGGAGCGAAUCACCGUCAACCCAGUAGUGCUUCGACGCAAUCACUGGAUGCCCGACACGUACGGGACGAGCGAGCAAGCCACUGUCGGUGGCAGGUAUGCGUUGCUAUCCGAGCUCCAGUCCUCUAGCUACCGAAUCGAGCUUGCUCCUUUCUUCCAGCGUCGUGCACCCAUCCUGGGAGAGGAAGGCAGCCAAGGUUUGCCAAAGCCUACAAAGCUCGAGACAAUUGCCGGAGGACCCUCCAAAGAGUGGGAGGCAUGGUGCAGGCACUACCGAAAGGCAUACGGUGCUCUGCUCGGCAACUUCGGCUACACGCCCGCCAAGAAUAUCAAGGGUAUCGUAUACGAUGAAGAAAAUACGACGGAUAUCAUUGGCGCGCCUGUUUGGAGCCCAGCCGAUGCUCUUGUGGCUGUCUCGAUUCACGGGAUCAGAACGGUCACGACCAUGGCCUCCACGAUUGCAUUUGGAGGUGCUCCGCCAACGAUCAAGCCGGCGGUACCCAGCAAGCCGCAGAGAUUCGUUGUCAUGCACGAUGGCCUGCUGACCUUCAGAUCUGCCAAAUCCUGGCACGAUGGUGAGAUGAACACCCAUCUGAAGAACGCGCUGGCAAGCUUUGGAUUCCCUGAGUCCGAAGUUCGAGUGCAGGCGUUUGAUGAGAGCGAAAAGCUCAAGGAGAUGGUAGAUACGCUCGAACUGAUGCGGAGCGACCCAUCUGUCCCGCCAUCGAACGUACACAUCCUCAUCCUCUGGAAAGGGGAUGAGUUGUGGAAGAUGGACCAGGGCUGGAAUAAGCUGACUGGUGACAUCGAUACGGCACGAUCACAAUACGCCAAAUUGACCGCCCGGGAUGCCCUUGAGAAGUAUAACACGAUCUACGGAUCGGUGUCCCUUUGCGGACCAGUAUCACCGAGCAUGGGUUACCUUCCGACUCUUCCUGGCCCUCUCUUCGAGAAAUAUAGAGAGGAGAUGAGGUCGAUCUGGGACGAAGUCAGGAGGUCCAACUUCCUCUCCCUGUCGUUUGACGCUAUCCUGGAGGGGCUACCAUACCUGAAAGGAUAUCACAUCAUGCAUGAGUCCAAGACGAUUGGGGUCCUGUGUACCCGUAUCUGCUCGAUGUUCACACUUGCGGCUCUCGCACGAUUUCCGUCUUACGCUACCCGACGGGAGUAUGAGAUUGCCCACGAUAAAAUGUGGGCGCGCACUCCAGUCCCGGAAGAAAGGUCGACGGGCACGGUGAAGGCCAUUGUGCACUCCACAGUGCAGGACCUUAUCGAAGGGGCAGAUCGCGGCGCCGAUCACCGAGCCGGAAAGACCGUUGACAUGAGUCAGCUUGGCUUCGAUGACGACGAUGAUGAAGAGAUGGCUGACGAUGCAGGUCCGACUGCUCCCGAGAAUCCGAUCAAACAGGAACAGGCGACUUUGGCUGAUCUGCCGGGUGUUCGUCAUCCGGAUCCGAUUGAGUUGCCCACUACUCCUGUGCCUGGCCAGGCAAUGCCAGUGUCGCCCGGCCUUGCUCCGGCUGCCACGAACGAUGAAGAGUCUAGCAAUAGCUCCGAUGACGCCGGACAGCAAGGGGAUGGCGAUGCAGCGAUGCCCGAGGUCAAGAAGGAGGAAUCCGAUGAGGAGUUCAAUGAGCUUCUCGAAGGAAUGACUGAAGCAUUCGGGAAGUUGCCUACUCCCCGGGAUGCAGAGCGAACAGUCGCAGCCAAUCGAGACGCUGCACGACCGCCUGCCGUGCCGACGAUCCCUCUAUCUACGAUGAAGAAGCCAAAGCCGUUCGGUGGUGUGGAGGCCGCGGGGCCCACUGCCGAGAGUCGCCAAGGCUAUGCGCACUUCGAGAGCCAAGUCAGUGAAAUUGAGGCUCGCCGUGAACAGGCUGCUAAGAUGAAGGCGCAUAUCGCGGAAGUGGCGAAGGGCGCCACGGGAGUUGAGAAUGCCGAACACCUUCGAUCCAUUGCCGAUGGGCUAGCCAAGAUCAUGGAUCCGAACAUGAGCGAUGACAAUGUGUUCCAGGGUGCCAUGUAUCCUCCGGGUGACUAUGCGCUUGACGCUGUCACGAACCGGUUGGCCCAAGGCCGGCGCCGGGUUGAGUCGAACAGCAAUCUCAUCAGGGAGAUGGCCAGCGACCGAUUUACGCCUGUGCUCAUCAACCGAGAUACUGGUGAGACUGUGUCCGCCAUUGAUGCACGGUGGACCCCGGAGUAUGGAAACAGGGGGGAGCUUGAAGCCAAGGUUGGUGCGAUUAUCUCCAACCUGGAUGCAGUGGACCUUGAGGUUCCGACUCCUCAUGACUGGCCGGACCUCAUUGCGCCUACCCCUGGAAAAGUCAUUCAGUCCAUGCGGGUGGCCCUGGUGAAUAACACAGCGGCGAGGUUGACGAGAGAGGACCUCAAGCUGCCACCGGGCUUCGCCAUGCAGCGACGAGUGACUGAGUUCCGUAAGCCGGAGGAAGAUCCAGUGCAGAGCCUAAUGGGGCUCACCGAUGACUUGAGCUACGGCACUACCGGUCGAUCUGGGGAUGACAGAUUGUCCCAGUUCCAGCGCAGUGUUGCAGUACAGCUGCGGCGGAACACUGCAGGAUUCAUUGCGAGUGAGUUCCAGAAGCAUGCCCGAUCUAUUGCCGCUUCCUCCUCGCGUCGCAGUGAUGCCUCAGGUGCCCUGAGUAGUCAGGGUGAAGGCGCGGCGGACAACGAUCUUCCGUCCACCGAACAGGUUAGUGUCGCAUCUGAGCGCGCGACUACGCCGCCUCCGCCAAACGUGGCUCCUCCUCCUCCGCCUACUGCGGCAGCACCUCCGAGGGCGUCCGAAGAGAUUGCAAAGGAGGAUGACGAUGAUACCAAAAUGGAUGAUGACACGGCCGAUCAGAAACCUGAGCAGAAACCCGAGGAGGACGUACAAGACGAGGUCCCCGGCAAGGCCCCGCCGCCAGCUGCCCGAACCGCUGAGAACCCUCCGGAACACGGCGUGCGUUCCAGUUCUCCGAAUGACAUGGUUGCUCAGGGAGCCGUGCUCUCCGGUGCUCGAGGGCCGGAUAUCGACAUUGACCCGGCCAGUACCACAGCCGAUCAGGCGGCAAAUGACCCGAGAAACUUCCGGAUCGAGGGCCCUGGUAUCAAGGCGACAACGAUUCAUCGCCCUGACCAGAUGCCUGAAAGGGGUAUCGACUCCAUUGCGCCGAUCGUGCAGUAUGAAAUGACGUCCGUCCCGAUUGCACUGACGGACUUCGUCACCCCGGGGCUCGACAUGGGCAUCGAUGAUUCCGUCCAUGGUCGACUGGUCUCCGCGACCUGUCUCCCACCGACUGACGAACAGCGCAAGUAUUCGAGGCGCCGAUUCGCUAUGCUAUCCUCGAAUCAGACAGUGUACUUGAACGUGGCACUUCACAAGAAACCGGUCAAAGGAGAUCACGAUACUUUCCUCCGACCGGAGUCUUACGAGGACUGCCGCGAGAUUAAUGACGCUGUCCGAGCAUACAAUGCUAAGGAGGCAAAGUUCCGAUCUGUCGGCGGAACAUCCGUAUCAUGCAGCCGAUUGUUGAUUGACGACGCACAAAACAUCCCUGCCGCCAGGAUUCCGGACGCAGGAAUGAUCAAUUUGGUGCGGAAACUGAUGUUCCGAGUGCUGACGCAAACGAAGGAGUACCCUUCCGCUACUGCCGAGAGAGCGCAGAAUCGCCCCCAGGAUCAAGAAAGGGGCAUUCCCUUGUAUUCACGCUUCGACCAGAGUGGCAUCAUCGCUUUCGAUGUCAUUCCGAUGUACAUGGAGCGUGAGAGGGAAUACAUGAAGGCCAACGCCGGAGAAAACGAUGGCCGAAUUCUUCUCCAGACAAAUAUUCUGGAUGAACACGGUGAACCGACCGAGAUUACUACCCAAUGCAUUAUGGAGAUCGCUCGGACGGACAACAACCGAAUGUUUGAGUUCUUCUACUCGACGAUCGACAACGAUGGAAGUCCUCAAUUUGUCGGCAUCCGAGCCACCUACGGUUUCGGCCCUGAUAACUUCAACCGAUUCCGACUGCUGACCAAGUGCCAGCACGGGCCAUUUAUUCAGCUCGCUCAGGACCAUUACGUCGGUGGCGAGAGGAAAAGAAAUGUGGCCCGAUACCAUCCUCAGUACGGAUGGGGAUGCGCAACGAUUCGCGAAUUCUUCGGGUACAUGAGCGAUUGCAAGAUCAAUCCUCCGAAAGGACGGCUGUUCCUCACUCUGCUCCCGUAUGCUCCCGGGUCUGGGCACAACAAUGAGUGGGAAGAGGUGUACAUGAACGUCCGAAUGAACCCGGGGCGUGAGACGCUUUCGAACACCGCGUCAUCACAAUCCAUGCUCCCUGAAGGGAUGGGAUCCAACCGCAUGAUCGUGUUUGCGAUUGAUUUGCACAUGAUUGCGGCGGGAAUCAAUCCGAUUGUAUUCCACCCGAGGGGAUAUUAUGCGAUCAAAGACAGUAUCCCUCUCGCCUGUAUGCCCAUUGCAUACUUCAUGGACACGGGAUCCCUAGUGUUCAACACGGUCGAGUACUAUGGAAGUCAUGCCGAAUGGCUCAACGAGCUCAUUGAGCGAAACGAGCUUAAAGAAUUCCGACUUCACGAGUACCCUGCGAUCAAGCAGCUGAGGAAUUUCCCGGUGUCUAGGUCCCUCGCUGAGGACCACAGGCAAACCGCGUUCUUCGGGGUGCCACCGAUCAAAUGCACUGCAGCUGAUACAUCGCCGAAAGAAGUGGAGUUGUUCAAGAAGAGCGUGCGCGGAACGAUUCAAGGCGCCAUUCGAUUGGACAUUUCCAUUGAGAGGCUUGUUGCCGGUAUCACUGGCAAGGAAGCUCGGUGCGGUGUGGAAGAGUUCCUCAACUCGCAAUCGAUCGCCUGUGCAAUCACGAUAGUCAAGCACUUCGGCGCGGUCUUCGCCACAUGCCGCGAAAAGCCGCUAUGCUACUAUGCACGAUGGUCGAUUCACUGUCAACGCGCAUACCGAGUCUGCCUGUCGCGCGGCUAUCUCUCCCCCUUUUACACAGGGGGGACGAUCGAUUAUACCGUCGAUUCAGACAUGGUCGAGAAAAUCCGGCUUGCGCAUCUGCCAUUGCAGAACGCCAAUCUGGCGAUGAGACGGCAAAUUCGACUUUCCACCGAGUUUGGAACGUUGGAUGAGUUCCGCGCCACUAUCACGGACACGCAGAAGUAUCAGCGAUACAUGCGUGUCGGUAGUGAAAGCCUUUCCGCGCUCCUUGCCAAGGUUACCCUUACAACGUGCUACGGCAUUCCGAUGAAAGGUGAACCUGGCUACAUCUCCGACGAUGAAGCAGAGGAGAUCGAAGGAACUGCAGCGGCAACUGAGAAGCCCAAAGGGAAAGGCAAAGGGGAAGAAGAACCCGACGUCCAAGCCAUCAAUUGGCGUGAUUUGGACCCUUUGGGGCGGAAUUUCAUCCCGAACCAUACUGAUCCCCGAUUCACGAUUAUCGCUGAUGGGAAUACGGCACUCCUUGAUGCCCCUGAAACGCCUGAUGAGAAGCGUAAGGAAUUCAAGGAGUUCGUUCGCGAUCACUCUAUCAAGAUUAAGGAAUGGUUCGACGAUGAUCGCGCGACUGAGAAGACGUUCUUCAAUCUUGUUGAAGGCGUAAAGGAUCAGCUCCCCGAUACUAAGAGAACUGACCCUGUUCUUAUGAAAAAGAACGAAGAUGUCUUCGAGGCUCUACCCGAUGAACUGGAAGAGCCUCAAGAACUGUUUGACGUCGCAGCUCGGCAGGCACGACGGCGUGAUGAUACGCUUCAGCGCAGAGUGCAGGCCACCGAGCAACGGCACGCGUCGAUUCCCGAGGCUCAUGCCGUCCCCGUUCCUCCGGAUGACGAGGACGAGGAUGAUGCUGAGCUCGAACGGGCGAUCCGACCCGGUCCGAAGUCACAACGCACUGGGCGAGAGCAUCUCGGAGGUGUCGCUCCUGAGACGAGUCCGCCCCCGCCUCGCGAGAGGCCGCCUCCGUCAAAUCCACCGAGUCGGAAGAUGUCGAGGCAAUCGGGCUACAAUGUCCCCCACGCUGAUGGGGAGACACUGAUGGUCUCAGGAAGGGCACCCUACUCCGAUCAAAUGGGCCUACCCUUGGUACUGCGAAUGAAGACCCGGGUUCCGGAACCUGAUUUGGACAACCCGACGAUUGAAGAUAUUAUUCGCAUGUAUCACGCACCGAACACGCUGCCUGUUGUCAGGAAGAAAGUCGCCAAUGUCAUCAUUUCGAUGAAUGCAAAUCCCGAUGUUAUGAGCGCCCAACCUACAGUGCCGUCUCCGCCGACACUGGAAGGUGAAGAGAAUGGGCCACGAUAUGAGAAUGCGCAAGAAGAAAGACAAAGGAUGGCAGCCAGGCAGAAUCCACAGACUGGCCCGGCUGCGGAAGCUCCUAUGAUGGUCAAUGGUGUCGAUCCUCGAAGGGUGGAUGUGGCUCGCGAGGCACCGCUCCAAGCGGAACCGCGGGUCGCAGGGCCUCCCCCAGAGGGUCCUCAUCAGGCACCAGAACAACCUGGACCUUUGAUGAUUCCAGUGUUGGGCCAAGGCCAAGUGGAUGGUGGUACGGUGAUAAGCCCAUCCAGCAGUGCAGGAUAUGAGUCGAUUCCUACGAGGCCUGCGUCGCCGCAGAGACCCCAGAGCGGGCAACCGGAAGCGGAAAGGACUAUGGCGAUGGAGUAUUCUGUUCAGCAGCAGGCUGGAGGCCCGCCAGUGGUGCGCUGGGUGGCGCGACUGACUGAGUUCUUGCGUUCGUCUACGAGGGGUAAUGGACUUCAGGGUCUGUGCCCUUACCGCCUCCUCUACCUGUUCGGCAACCUUCGAAAGGUUUUGGCCAUCUACGCCCUCGUUUCCAUCGGCAUGGGGCUCAAGCACAUGAUCGGGCUGCAGAGGUUCAAGUACGUGAUCGGGCUGCAGAUGUUCAAGUACGUGAUCGGGCUGCAGAUGGUCGUGUACGUGAUCGGGCUGCAGAGGGUCGUGUACGUGAUCGGACUGCAGAGGGUCAAGUACGUGAUCGUUCCACAGAGGGUCGGGUACGUGAUCGGGCUGCAGAGAGUCAAGUACGUGAUCGUUCCACAGAGGGUCGUGUACGUGAUCGGGCUGCAGAGAGUCAAGUACGUGAUCGUUCCACAGAGGGUCAAGUACGUGAUCGUUCCACAGAGGGUCAAAGGCGAGAUUGGGCUGCUAGUGGUCGUGUACGUGAUCGGUCCACUGAGGGUCCCGAAGGGCAUCAUCAGGAACCUUCUCAAUACCCGAGCUACACGACUGAGUACUUUGACCUGCGAGAGGGACGCGGAGCGAGCAGAGCCUACGCCUACCAGCGGUCCGUCCACCUUGGAGCUUUUGGGCUUUAUCGCUACGGGCAUGAAGCAGCUGCAGGAUGUCCAGUUGAAGCAGAUGGAGAAGAAGUCUGAUGUUCCCGAGGUCGUCAAGCCGGGGGUUUCGUCAUUGCCGUUGUUGAAUGCUCCUGGGCAAGACACGAGCCCUGUCGACAUACAAGACUGGUUGGAGGAAGUGGGCGGCGUGAUGACCGACUUGAGCGAUUCCAGUUGGGAGUGGUGGACGCAAGCAAAGGAGCUAGCUGAGGCCCACUACCGUAAGUGGGUGAAGUCUACGCCUUUGGAGAAGAUCUCUUUGGCUAUGCCCCGGAGUCCGAGCCUGGAGCAGGGUCGAUAUGGGCGAGUGAACGCCCGCGCAGCAGGCAUGGUGCUUGCAGCUUUGCCCCAGGAGGUCAAGACGGAGAUGAUCAUCAAGAAGGUUUCGGGUAGCACGGCAAGUUUGAUCUUUAAGCUCCUCACGGUGUACCGACCAGGAGGGGAAAGGGAAAAGACGCUGCUCCUGCAGCAACUCACGGCGCCAGAGGUUGCUGCGACGGCUGAAGAGGCAGUUCAGGGUCUUCGCAGAUGGGGCCGCUGGUAUGCUCGAGCAAAGGACCUAACGGUAGCGGUUCCGGACCCUGUCUUGAUGAUAAAGGGACUGGCGGCCAUAGUGUCUGUGGUUUUGGGACGUCAUCAAGAUGUUUGGCUGCGUACUUCAAUGGUCCGGCAAAAGCUUCAGCUUGACAGUAACCCCUUAGAGGAAACCUCGCUCGACUACCACAAGCACCUGCAGGCCGCGUCGCCCACUAAGGACAGGACGUGCAAGUGGUUUGCUAAGUCUGAGGGAGGUUGCCGGCGAGGUGCGGACUGUCAGUUUGUGCAUGAGUGGGGAACCACGUACUCCCAAGGCCGGAAGAUGGUGGCUCCAGAAGAGGAGCGGCCGAAGGAGCUGCAGCAGAUGCUUGUGGAUGCGUCAAAAAUGCUGAAGACGAUGAUGGCCAACAGCCCCGGCAGUGCCCCAACAAGCUCUACGGCACCACCGUCCUAUGAGUCGAUCCAGAAGCAACUCGAUGAACUAAGGUUGAAGUCAAUGACGGUGAUGAAGGUGUCCGAUAGUGAGGGCAGCAACAAGCAGGGAGCGCUGUUGGACUCCGGCUCGAUGCAUGUGUUACGCCCCGCCAGAGAUGAGCAGGAGCGUCAAAGUUGCCACCAGGUCUAUGUUACCCUGGCGGGCGAUGAACGGCGAUUGCUUGAUCAGACGGCUAGCGGAAGCAUCGUUGUGGAGCCCGACAAGACCAAGGAUGUGCAAUCGAUCAUUCCAUUUGGAAAGGUCAUAGAGUGUUUGGGCUGCACUUUGAAGUGGUCUAAGGGCGGCUUCUAUCUUCAUCAUCCCAAGCAUGGUCGCAUCAAGACCCAGGUGAAGGGCGGAUGUCCAGAAAUAACGGAUGCGGGUCAGGCGGCGGCGAUCAUAGCCGAGUUGGAGAUGAAGAAGGUUGCGGAGCUCAAAGAAAAGACGCAGGAACUGCAGAACCAGCUCACGGCGAUUCGGAUGCUGGAACAACGUAAGGCCGACUGGCGAGUGCUUUUGGCCAAGUACUCUGAGGAGGGGUGCUCGGCAGAUGGCUUGCAGGCGUUGUACACCUCACCGGUGUUCGAAGCCCUCCCCAACGAAGUAAGGACGCGUGUGGCACCUCAACUUGAUGCGUCUCCUGGGGCAGGCUGGGACUACUUGAAGCUUCUACCCCUACCGAGACGGAUGCGGAAGCGCCUGUUUAAGUCGAGUUGCUGGGUCCUGAACAUGUUUGCGGGAGAGAAGAAGGGAGACCCUGUGCAAACCCUUUCCGGAACUACCUCGUCGAGGCACCAAGGGGAAGUUGUGGUGAUCAACGUCGACGUCACGCUUUCCCUGGGAUGGAAUUUGCAAGGAGAAGUCUACAAAGCCCUGUUGUGGGGCGCCAUGAACUCAAAGGUGAAGGCUGUGGUUGCUUCACCACCUAUCAGCGGGCUCGCUUCGGGUGGAAUGCAGGAGGGCGACGGCGACCACCGCUUUAUCAAGGACACGGAGAUGGUGGCCAAGACUUUGUUCCUUUAUUUGGUCAGCUACACGGCCGCUGAGGGCGCCGAGCCUGCAUUUGUGAUUGGAGCCCCUACCGAGGCAACCUCCUUUUGGAAGUCAGAUAUGAUGAAGAAGUUUCAAGAGGUGGUUGGGGAAAUUGGCGUCAAGGAGUGUGAGUUAGAGCAGGGCGGCUUUGGACACCCCGAAAUUGCACCUAUGAAGUUACUUCAUAAUGUUGGCUUGGACCCGCACCAUGGACUGAAGGACCUACGACCUGAUCAUCUACGACCUACCCGAGAUCCCGGUUUUCCAGUUCGGCGGUGGUGCCCAGGACUUCGCCGUGCCGUGCAAGAGGGCAUUCGAGCCAUGGGACUGGGAGAUGGAGCAGAUGGCCAUGAGUCAGAAGGAGAGUGCGAGCUACGGAAGCUCUCCAAGGAACAGGCGUGGAAACUCCACAUCCAGCGGGACCAUGUACCCUUUCGGCGAGAUUGUGAGCAGUGUGUGAUGAUGUUGGGCACCGGACGUCCCCACAGGCGAGUUCAUCAGAAAAGUUGCUAUGUGCUGGGCGUCGAUGUGGGAGGCCCGUUGAGAGUACCAAGUAAAGAUGCGCAUGGUUCUGGAUACAAGUACUUUCUGGCGGCAUCCUACACGAAGCCCUGUUUUGCAGAUUUAGAUCCACCGCCUGAGGAACCGUUGGAGGACCUCGCCGAUGUGGAGUACGACUUCUCCACUUUGGAUAUCGAGGAGAAAGAGGGCUCUGGUGGUGUGGCAGAUGACGAGCUUAGCGUGCAGUGCGGCGUCUUUGAUCAGGACGAGUUGGCUGAGUACGAGCCUUCCGAGGUGGAUGCUAGCGAAGAUCCGGCCAUGAAGAAAAUCGGUGGCACCAAUGGCCUUUGGGAUGAUGACGACUUUGCGGCUAUCGAGCAGGAGAAGGAUGCCAAGGCCAACGAGGAUGAGGAGGGGAACGCGGAGGUUCAGACGGAUUUCCUCUACUAUUUCAAGCCCUUAAAAGGGAAGAGUGGAAAGCAUGUCCUCAAGGCGAUUCAGGAGGUGGUUCUACAACUUCCUUCGCAGUGA